AUGUCGGGCACUCCACGGGGUCCGCCCGAGCCUGAUUACCACCCUCAUCACCCUCAUUCGCAUCCAUCUCCGAACCAUCCUCACAGUAUCGGCAUCGGUGGUCAGCCCUCGGGUACUUACUACCCUGGCCCUUCUCCUCAACAUCACCCCGACUUUCAUCCCCACCAAGGCUUCCCUGCCAACCUCGCCGGUUAUCCCUACCAACACGGCUACCACCCUUCGGCGUCAUACCAGGUCCCUAACGGCGUCGUUGAUCGCCAUCAGCUACCCUCCGGCUCCGCUCCCGUGCCUUACCUGAACCAAGCCAACCAACCUCCGUACUUCGAUCAAGCCACCAACCACCAGCAAUCUGUUCAGCAGCCCAUUCGCGUCGACGGCUACGGUAACCCCAUUACACCUGCCUUCGAAACCGCCCCUCACUCGUUUUCCGGCCCGGGACUACCGCCUACCUUUGAUCAACAAGCUCAAUCGUGGCAACCGCAGGCCGCCUACUCCGCCCAGUUCCAACAGCAGCCACAACAACAGCAACAGCAGAUUCCCCCUCAGCCUCUGGUGCCCACUCCUCCCUCAGAUCCUGUACCGACGGAGCAGCCUCAUUUAGAGGCCGACUCCCCAUCCACAGCGACACUGUCCCACCCCAAGAUCAUCCUACGCCUCAACAAGCCCAGCGGCGACAUGCCCUCGCGUUCACGAAGGGGAGUCAAGGAAGAGGCCACUACGCCUGUUGCAGACCGUCCUCGACGUGGCCGGGCGGCCAAGCAGGUCAACUACAAUGAGGACGAGGACGACGGGGACUUCCAGGACGAGCCUGAGGAAGAGGAGGAAGACGACGAUGAUGCCGAAGACGAACCCGAACCGCCCGUCGUGAGCCGACCCGCGCGAGGAGGUAGGCGAGCAACACGGCGUACAGUCGUGGAAGAGGAUGAGGACGCCGAUGGCGAGGCCGAAUUCGAACCGCCCGCGCCUGCGCCUGCCGCCACCGAGCCGACUCGCCGCUCUUCGAGGUCGAGCAAGGUCCCCGAACGAUACGCGGACGAUGACGACUUUGAGAAUAACAUGUUGGACACUAGCCCAGUCAUCCAGGAAGUGGGCACGACUCGAAAAACGCGCCGUCGCAUCGUUGAUCCUGACGAUGAAGACGCGGAUGCGCCAGUCAACGGUACGGAGGAACCCGUACUCGACACAGCGCCUGAUGACACCCCGGUUCCUCAGAGGAAGAGGCAGCCGUCACGACAGCGCCACUCGUCUGCGGACGCAGAGUCAUUUGCUCCGACAGAGUCUGACCAAUCCUCGGAACCUGAGAGCCCGGACGAGGUCGUCGACGAUUAUGAAGAGCAAGACGAUGACGAUAACUUUCUGGACGACUCGCCACCCCGCCGCCGCCCGACUCGCCGAGCGACUCGAUCGUCAGUCAGAGCAACCCGGUCAACUCGAGCUAUGGAUUCGGAUGAUUCGUAUGGGGCCAAGCGCACCUUACGCAAGCGGGCUUCGCGUCCAAACUAUGAGCUGCCCCCGAUGGACAUCUCCGCCGAAAUCCAGGCUGCGGAGAUCAUGAACAACGCCAUCGCCGCUGCCUCGAGACCCGGUGGUGCUCGUCGAGGGGGUGGUUUCCCGGGUGCCGGCGCUGCCAAUUUCGGUGCGGCAGUCAGCGGAAAGACUUUACCCUGGUCGCUGAAGGGCAAGGACUUUGCACAGGCCAUGGGAGACCCGGACUCGUCUGAUUCUGACAUGGAUCUGCCCGCCUUGGGUGCGGGCGGUGGUGCAGCAGCGGCUGCUGGUGGCGGCGCCGUCGGCGGUCCGUCUGGUAUGCCUGGUCGAACCGCCGGCCCGUCCGAUGUUCCCAACUUUGGACGUGUGAACCCGAAGUCCAACAUGGCUGAUGCCGAUCCUCUCGGAGUCGAUGUCAACGUUACUUUCGACCGUGUAGGAGGCCUUGACAACCACAUCAACCAGCUCAAGGAGAUGGUCGCCCUGCCUCUUCUGUACCCGGAGCUCUUCCAGCAGUUCGGCAUCAUUCCUCCCCGAGGUGUGCUUUUCCACGGUCCCCCUGGUACCGGUAAAACGCUUCUCGCAAGGGCUCUGGCUGCGUCCUGCAGCAAUGGCAACACGAAGAUCUCCUUUUUCAUGCGAAAAGGUGCCGAUGUUCUGUCGAAGUGGGUCGGCGAGGCGGAACGCCAGCUCCGUAUGCUCUUUGAAGAAGCGAGGGCGUCUCAACCCUCCAUCAUCUUCUUUGACGAGAUCGAUGGUUUGGCGCCCGUCCGAAGCAGCAAGCAAGAUCAAAUUCACGCCAGUCUAGUGUCCACUCUACUGGCGUUGAUGGAUGGCAUGGAUGGACGAGGACAGGUUAUUGUUAUCGGUGCCACCAACCGCCCCGAUGCAGUUGACCCUGCUCUGCGACGUCCAGGCCGUUUCGACAGAGAAUUCUACUUCCCACUUCCGAAUAUCGAAGCCCGCAAGCAGAUCAUCAAGAUCAACACUCGCGAGUGGGACCCGCAGCUUCCAGAGCCGAUGCUUGACAAGCUGGCUACCCUCACGAAGGGUUACGGUGGUUCCGACCUGCGAGCGUUGUGUACCGAAGCCGCGCUGAACGCUAUUCAGAGGCGUUACCCGCAGAUCUACAAGUCGACGGAUCGUCUACAGGUUCAGCCGGGAUCUGUUAGAGUUCAGCCGAAGGACUUCAUGUUGGCUGUAAACACUGCCGCACAGCUCCCGCCCCAGCUUGUGCCUCUACUCUCUGAGAGCCUCGAAGGGAUCAAGCGGGCAGUUGAUCUUGCACUCCCGCCUGUUAAGAAGAGAACGGCCCUUGAGGAGGCCGAAUUCGAGGACGAUGAUGGAGAUACGUUCGAGAAGGAACUCAUGCUGCAGUGUUUCCACGUGCAGUCGUUCGACAUUGCGACGCUCAUGAGUGACUCGACGCGCACGCCCGAGGCGGCGGUCGUGCAACUUUUUGUGGAGGCCAAACGUCAUCAGCCGAGCGUCAUCUUCAUCCCUUCGCUUGCGCAGUGGGCGCAUACGAUCUCAGAUGCCGCACGGUCGACUACAAGAGCACUGCUCGACAGCAUCCCGCCGUCUGACCCGGUGCUGCUUCUCGCUAUCGUCGACGGCCCUCUCUCGUCCAUACCCUCCGACGUCAGGAAGUGGUUCGGCAUUGGCGAUGAGAGUCGCAUCGAGAUCGGCAAGCCGAGCGCGGACCAGAGGGAAAAGUUCUUCUCCGAGCUCUUGGACUCUGUGCAGCGACCUCCGAACGAGUUCCCGGAUGGUGUUCCUCGUAAGAAGCGUGUGUUAGAGAUCCUCCCGCCGGCUGAGCCUCUGCCGCCCCGCAAACCGACGGAAGCGGAGGUUCAGCGCGAACUGGAGCGGGAUGCUGCCGCCCGCAAUAUGCUCUUCGUCAGUUUCUCGUCGCUCAUCGCGGAGUUCAUGAGGAAGUACCGCCGGCCGGCCUCCAUCGUGAAGGAGGAGGCCUUUGCCCACGCCGCUUGGCAAGCGGAGCAGGCAGCUCUCAACGCCAACCCGCCGCAGACCCCGCCCCCUGCUGCUGCCCCGAUCGUCCCUCCCGUCGAAGCGGUCAACGGCGAGGUGACGAUGGAGCCGGCGACGAUCGAGAACGCGGCCGCGGAGACACAACCCGCCGGGACUGUCGUCGUAGAAGCCGCCACCACCGAGGUGCCGACGAUCCCGGCUGUCAUGAUCACGUCGGCAUGCGGAGACGUUUCGACAGCGGCGCCUACUGAGGCUGGCGACCUACAACAGGAGCAGGCUGUGGCCACAGUCGCAAAGCCGUGGGAAGCGCACAACAUUGACAUCGACAUCAUUCAGCGCAAGCUCGUCAAGCACAAGUACUUUACGCCGGACGACGUGCUCGCGGACAUUGCGCUGAUUGAGGACAAUGCGAACCACACGAUGGAUGCGGAUCGCCAGCUCAAGAUUUCCGAGAUGGCCGCUCACGCGCGCAUGCACGUGCAGAGCUUCGACCCGAAGUGGAUUCCCGAAUUUGCGCAUUACGGUGAGCGCAUGCGCCAGCGCAAGGCCGAGCGCGCGAAGGCGAAGGCGGCGCGCGAGGCGGAGAAGGCCAAGGAGCAAGAGAAGGCGAACGGCGAGGCCGAAGCUGUUGGGGAGAAUGGGGAAGCCGCCCCCGGCCCGCAGAUCGAGGGAGAGGCAGCCAGCCUGAAGCGACCUCGCGAGGAAGGCGAGGACGACAAUGGACCCGCAAAGCGGCCCCGCGACGACGCCAUGGACGUCGACCCCGCAACCGAGGCGGCCCUCGAAACUGCAAAUGAGAUCGCAGCGACCGUUGAGCCGAUUGGUGGCGUGGACCCUACUGUCGCGAUCAGCGCGGAGCCCGCGGCUACGAACGGUAGCCCAGCGAAGGAGCCCACGCCCGCGCCAAAGGAGCCGACUCCUGCACCCAAGGAACCGACGCCGGUCAACUCGCCAUCCCCGCCGCCAGUUUACCCGCCUCUCGAAGUACCCGACCUGUCGGCACUCCGUGCCGCGCUGCGCGACGACACGGGUCUGCUGACGGUCGAGGAGCUGGAGCAGUUGCGCGCUGCGCUGCUGGACCGCGUGUGGCGUUCGCGACAGAGCUGGGACCGUGCCCCGUUGGUCGAGGGGUUGGAGAAGUUUGUGCGCCGGUACCUCGACGAGGUGAAGCUGGACCGCGAGGAGGAGUACGAGUAA